UGCCACAUUCAUCCUCUAAAUGAAUCCGGACGCCAUCUUUGCCUAAGGGACAAAAUCCUUCACUUCGCACGUGAACAGUUCACAAAUGGUGGGACAUAGUGACGGAUAAACAAAGAAACGUAACUAUUCCGAUCGAUAAAAAAAAAACAAAGAAACAUAAUUCCAGAGAGAGAGAGAGAGAGAGAGAGAGAGAGUUGUGUAAUCAUGCCAGCAGAAACCUUCUUCAGCGAGAUCACAAUCCCUCACCAGAAGACCCACGAUCAAAACCUCUUGUUCCCUGCAGUCUUGUCUCCAAAAAACUACGUGAAAGUACUCAACCGCGACGACGUCGUUGAGGCCAUCAGAGCGCAAAAGCCGUGGCUCGAAUCGCUGCUGCACAAGAGCGGGGCCGUUCUGUUCAGGGGAUUCCCCGUCACGACUGCUCCGGAGUUCAACGACGUCGUCGAGGCUUUCGGGUUCGAGGAGUUGCCGUACGUGGGCGGCGCUGCCCCGCGGACUAACGUCGUCGGGCGGGUUUUCACUGCCAAUGAGGCCCCGCCUGAUCAGAAAAUCCCAUUUCAUCAUGAAAUGGCUCAGGUACCGACAUUCCCAUCCAAAUUGUUUUUCUACUGUGAAGUAGAACCUGGAAAAGGGGGAGAAACCCCAAUUGUCCUAAGCCACAUCGUAUACCAGAGGAUGAAAAAGGAGUACCCAGAAUUCGUUGAACGAUUGGAAGAGCAUGGAUUGAUAUACACUCGAGUGUUGGGAGAAGAUGACGAUCCUUCAUCGCCAAUCGGCCGCGGUUGGAAGUCCACUUUCCUGACCAAAGACAAGGGCGUAGCGGCGGAAAGGGCUGCCAAACUGGGUAUGAAAUUGGAGUGGGAAGAAGAUGGAUCAGUGAAAACAAUAAUGGGUCCAAUCCCAGCAAUCAAACUAGACAAAGCCCGCCAACGCAAGAUUUGGUUCAACAGCAUGGUGGCUGCCUACACAGGUUGGGAAGACGCCCGGAAUGAUCCCGUUAAGGCCGUCACCUUCGGAGACGGGGAACCUUUGCCGGCCGAUAUAAUCUACGACUGCCUCAAAAUCCUCGACGAGGAGAGUGUUGCCGUUCCUUGGCAAAAGGGUGAUGUUCUGCUGCUGGAUAACUGGGCUGUGCUGCAUUCACGGCGGCCUUUCGACCCGCCUCGCCGUGUACUAGCUUCACUGUGCAAGUAACGAAUUCCAAAUGAGGUUCACAAUUUGUCUAGUACAUAAACUUGGAAAUUGUUAGUUAUAACUGAGCUUGUAUGGGCUUCAAUACGUUUGUUGGGUUUUUAUUGUAGAGGUAACAAACAUGGUGAUCAUAAACGUCUCCUGCGGAUCUUUUGCAGUGUAACGAAUGCCGGGAACCUGUUUUUUCAUAGCAUUAAAACUAUGUUUACCUCCAGUACGAAAGGAAUAAGAAGUACUCUAUCCGUCGCUUUUCAA